AAGCAGCUGAGAGGGAGAUGGAGCAAAGCGUCAUCCACCUGAGCCACUGCCAGAAGGAGAUCUUCUGCUUCGCGGUGCCUGAGGUGUGUCCGAGCUGUGGGGAGGCGCUGAAGGGCCGCAGACUGCAGGAGGCGCCGGUGAGCCUGCCGUCCCCCUUCACCGACGGACACAAGACCUCCUGCUGCCUGCUGGUCGCUCCUGCACACAACAACCAGGACAGAGACUUUACUGGGACAUCAGACCUGCACACUGGCAUCUCCAACACUAAAGGUGUUGUUUAUAACUACACUCAGGAUGGCGUGCGACGAGAUCAGAGUGGGUGGAGCCGCUGUAUCAGCAUCCCCCUGGUCCGACCCGACAUGUUUCACCUGCUGGCUCAGUGGGACCAGUACCUGGAGACGUUCUCUGAGGGACCCGCCUGGGACCCAGUGUGGCAGAAGUUCCAUGAGGAAGACCACAACUGCUUCAGCUUCUGCCUCCAGUUCCUGAACGGCAUCCUGGCCAUGGAGGGUCGCGGCGCUCUGAGCCGGGACGACUUCACCCGCUGCUUCAUCCUGCCGAGGAUGAGGAGGGUGUCAAAGUACACCACGCUGAUCCGACACCUGCAGGACCACCAGUACUACCUGACAGACAGACAGGAGACACUGGGAGACAGGCAGGAAGAGUCGGUCACCACCAGUUGAACCAGUCUAACCACAAUUAAAUCAACCAUACUACCAGUUAAACCAAUCAAUCCACUAGUUAAAACAACCAUACUACCAGUUAAACCAGUCCCAGUAUUGUUGAAGCUAAACAGUUGAAACAGCAGUCUAAUCACUUGGUCUGUUUUGGUGUGACAUGAAUGUUUAUUUAUUGUUUGUAAAUAAAGGUGAAUAUUUUCAUAAACCAUAA